AUGUAUCAUUGGUGUCCAUACCUGAGCGGAGGUACCAGAGCAGCACAGACACGCUGACAUGAGGACGCGCAUGCUUGUAUCCAUAGCUCUGCUGGGCCUGCUGCUGUGGGCCUCCUGCAUCCAGGCCGACGACACAGACGAUGACCCGCAGACAGAAUCACAAGAAGACACAUCAAAGGAAGAGACACCAGGAGAGUCGGUGGAGGAGGAGGACGACGACGAUGAAACCGAAGAGGCGCCAAAGAAAGAGAAAACAACCGAGAUAGAGGAGGAGAAAGAUGUGAUGGUUCUCCACAUCUACAACUUUGCCAGAGCUCUCAGCGAGAACCAGUAUUUAUUGGUGGAGUUCUAUGCUCCAUGGUGUGGCCACUGCAAGCAGCUGGAGCCUCUUUAUGCCGAGGCUGCAGAGAAGCUGAAGAAGGAGGAACCAGCGAUAGGUUUGGCCAAAGUGGACGCCACAGAGGAGAAGGAGCUGGCUGAGGAGUUUGACAUCGGAAGCUUCCCUACUCUGAAACUGUUCAUCAACGGAGACCGCGAGCAUCCGGUCGAUUUCACCGGUAAGAGGUCAGUAGAGGGAAUAAUCCAGUGGUUGAAGCGUCGUACAGGACCCGGUGCUUCAGUCCUCGACACUGCGGACUCUGCAGCUCAGUUCAUCGAUGCCCAUAAUAUCUCUGUUGUAGGAUUCUUUGAUAGUCUGGAAAGUGAGGCUGCUAAGGUGUUCAAAGAGGUUGUGAUGGAUAUGACUGACGUGGAGUUUGCCAUGACAGCAACUCCUGAGGUUUUCCAAAAGUAUGAAGUGAAAGACGACGCAGUGGUGCUCUUUAAAAAGUUUGAUGACGGCAGAGCAGACUUCGCGUUGUCAGAAGAGGGGGAGUUGGACAAAAGCAAUCUGACUGCCUUCAUCAAGCAGAACAGUCUGGCGCUCAUCAUCCCGUUCAGUCAGAAGACGGCAGAUAAGAUCUUCACCUCCAAAAUCACCCUGCACAACCUGAUGUUCAUCAACUCCACCGUGGAGCGGCAGACAGCCCUGGUGGAGGAAUUCAGGACUGUUGCCAAGGAGUUCAAGGGCAAGAUGCUGUUCAUUACGAUCGACGUGACAGAAGAUCUGGCUCAUGUGUUGACGUACUUCGGCGUGUCCGCGGAUGAAGCCCCCACUGUACGCAUCAUCAACAUGGAGACAGGGAAGAAAUUCACCAUCGCCGCCGGGGAUCUCUCAACUAAUUCACUGCGACAGCUGUGUCAGGAGGUCGUUGACGGCACUGCCAAGCCCUACUAUCGGACUCAGAAGAUCCCGGAGGACUGGAAUAAAGGCCCCGUCAAAGUACUGGUGGGAGAGAAUUUUGAGUCUGUUGCUCUGGACCAGACCAAGAACGUCUUUGUGGAGUUUUAUGCUCCAUGGUGUGGACACUGUAAGGAGCUGACUCCCAUCUGGGAACAGCUGGGUGAAAAGUACGACGACCAUGAUGACAUCAUCAUAGCCAAGAUGGACGCCACAGCCAAUGAGGUGGAGUCUAUUGACAUUCAAGGAUUCCCCACGCUCAAAUACUUCCCAGCUGGUGGCAAAGAGGUGGUCGACUACACUGGAAAAAGGGAUCUGGAGACCAUGUCAAAGUUCCUGGACGAUGGAGGAGUGUUGCCCAAGGAGGAAAGUGAUGAAGAUGACGAAGAUGAUGAAGAUGAGGACGAUGACGACGCUGAGGAUGCUGGAGAUGAUGAUGAUGAUGAUGAGAGCGAGGAGGCGGAUGAGUCUUCAGAGGUACCGACCAACACAACAUCUAAAGAUGAGCUGUGAUGUCAUUUAGGUCUCCGGCCUAUCAGGAUCAAUCUAGCAUCUUCCAAUUUUUCAUAAUAAAACUGAUUUGAGUUAUAAACAUGAAGGUGUUGUGUAUUUGUGACUGUUUUGAAUAAGCUUUAAACUCUGUUUAGGUUUGUCUUAAGAUUUGAUUUGAAAAUCUUGUUUAAAACAUUUUAUUCACAUAUGACUGAUAAAUAUUUAAUUUCUCUUUUCUGUAUGUCUCAUGAAGUAACAAAUCAGUAAAUAAAUUUAAUUUACCAUCUU